UUCUCCCUUCAUAUCGGAAAGGAGAAACUUGGAUGAAGAUUUCACUGAUCAGUGGUAGGACAGCUUUCAGACUGUAACCAUAGCAACAGUAGUUCAGUUGAGAUUGUAGGAACUGUGAACAGCAGCUUCUAUUUCCUCCUGUAUCUCUAAGCUACAUACUUUAUCAUGCUAAGUGUGUUGCUUACGAACUAAAUAUUUUGUUGGAAAGCUCAAUAUUUGAUAAAUAAAAUGUACUAAAUAGCUAACACAUUUAAUAUUUAGCUUCAGUUUAAGUUAACAAGCUCAAUUUAGUUGGUGAGAUUUAACUUCAAACUAAUUAGCAAGUUAAAUAUUUAGCUAAAAAGUUGAAUACUUAGCGAGCUGAAAGCUUAGCUUCAAAUUAAAUGUUUGGCAAGCUCAAUAUUUAGUUAGCAAGUUAAAUAAUGAGCUUGAAUGUGCCCACAUUUUUUAAUUAUUCUGACAUGCUAAAAAACCCAAAUUAUUGCUGCUUUUUUGACAGUAACGUCACCAACAGCACCCCGUACACCAGAGGGGAGUCAAAGAUUUACUGGAGAGCUUCUGCUCUCUUCAUAAAAACCAUGGUGGGAAAACCGACUGAUAUUAAGUCUGACUGUUGAUUGUUUAGCUUGAGAACUGAGAACAGAAAUAGUCGUGAGACUUGAGUUCAGCCAACAGGGGGCAGCAGAGAGCUGCUUCUGGUGGAGUGUAUUCUCACUGCUUCAUUAAACUGAUCUUCACACACAGAAUCUGUUUACAGAUGGCAUCAAACAGUCAGGAGUUGGCUUUAUACAUUUGAAAGCUUGAAUAACUGAUCAGCUUCACUGUAAAACCAUGAAAUAAAUUCAGCAAACUGCAGUUCUCAGGUUGAGUCACCAGGGGGCAGCGCAGCGCUGCUUCUGUGUUCCUGCUGCAAAACCAGGGCUGGAAAAAUGUAAUGUUUAGUAACAAACAGAUGAUUCAAUUAAAAACAAUCUAUUAACUUCAAGCUGCUGAUUUAACCCAGACAGAGAAUUUUAUUUAUUUUUUGUCCUGCAAUCUUCACUGCUAACUCUUAUAACUCAAGCAAAGCUGAGUUGGAAACUGUUGUCUGAUAUCAUGCAGUGCAGACACAACACAGCCACUGAUUUCCACUGUGCAGCAGAAAUAUGUGAAAAUGUCCCUGAAAAACAAAUGUCCUCAUUAUGAGACGCACAGCAGGGGGCCUAAAACACCACCUAGUCUGGCUUCAUCCGAGCUUCUAAGGGACCAAACAUGCUCCAAUCAGACGUGAGAGAAGCCCAGUCGACCAAUCACAGAGCGGCUCCAGGCAGAGGCCACACCCCGGCGCUGUAUAAGAGGAGCCGACCUGCAGCCGGAGCUGCACAACUUUACGUUCCCAUAAAAACCAGAUCCAGAUCCGAUUCCUGAUGGUGGUGGAGGUGAAGAGCCGCAUGGAGGCGACGGAGGUGAACCAGCAGAGGGUGGAGGCCAACAUCCUGCUGCUGGGAGCUCACAACGUGGGCAAAACCGCUCUAACCGUCAGAUUUCUAACCAGACGAUUCAUCGGAGAGUACGGAGACAUCGAGUCGAUUUACAGCCGAGUCGACCGAAUCGAUGGUCAGGAAAUCUGCAUCAACAUCUGGGACUCUCAGGCUGGCGGGAAAAGCUGCUCCAUUAGUGACAAGCAGCUGCAGUGGGCUGACGGGAUGGUCCUGGUCUACGACAUCUGCGACCGCGCCAGCUUCGAGGUCGUCCGCCAGCAGCUGCAGCUGAUCCGCCGCAGCAGGAAGAUGUCGACGGCGCCUGUUGUCAUCGUGGGAAACAAACGGGACCUGCAGCACCGCCGCAGGGUCUCCGGCGAGGAGGGACAUCUGCUGGCUAUGACGGAGCGCUGCGGCUUCUUCGAAGUGUCGGCGGCGGAGGCGUACCACGGCGUGCUGCUGGUGUUCCACCAGCUGGUCGACCUGGUCAGGGAGACGCGGGCGCUGAGGAAGAGCAUGGCGGGCGUCCGAGGCAUCGUCCGGAGCGUGUCGGCAGUGUUCGGGAAGAAACGGGCCGAAUGAACUGGCCAGAGCGUUUUUACCGGUUUAGGUGAAACAAAGGCAAGACUUCCUGUCCGCGUCCUUCUGAGGCGAGACGGGCUGGACAAGGUUGAGAGAAUGAUUCUUUGUCUGAAAGUCAAAGUUGGCCAAAUAAGUUGUGUAGAAAUAGGAAGUUGGAAAUAGAAGCGCGGAUGGAGAAAGAGACUGAGGUUGGUUGAAGUUUUUCAGAGGAUGAAGGACCGGCCGCUCCAAGUUCAGCUGCAGAAUAAAGAUGAUUUAUUGGUGUUUUAAGGAAACUAAUGAAAACAGACAGAGGACGGCCAUGAGCUCUGCUGGCAGCAGGUGGCGCUAGUUUCCAGUUGUUAAAAGGGUGGAAAUGUUCUGUAACCUACAAGAAUGUUGACGGAUGCUGACUGCGUUCAGCUGUAAAUGUUUUCAUGUUUAUGUUGUACAAAAUAUGUUUAAACCAUGAAUAAAAUCAGCUUCCCAUCCAGA